AUGUCCCGCUGCUUCCUCCAUGUGGACAAAAAGGGUCGACGGCUCGAGAGCCAUCCAUGCCAUGAAGGAAACACAGCAUAUCAUAACAUUGAAGAGGAAUUUGAGAAAAGGUCACGGACAAGGCUCAGGUUUGAGGUGCCGUUCUGGACUUCUAAAGCUGAGGCGAUGAGUAUGGAUAUGGCUGUUUUGGCACAUGAGCUUGGUCACCUCAAGUGCGACCAUGGCGUGUGGCUUACCUUUACGAACAUAUGGACAACAGGAGCGUACACUGUCCCCGGUUUUGGGAUGGUUGCCGGGUUCCUGGAAGAACAGCUGUUCAGGUGGCUGCGAGCUACGGAGCUGACAUGCGAUAGGGCAGCCCUUCUCGUAGUGAAGGACCCCAUGGUUGUCAUGUCGUUCCUGAUGAAGCUGGCGGGAGGGUGCCCAUCCCUGGCGGACCAGCUGAAUGUGUACGCCUUUCUGGAGCAGGCCCGCUCGUACAACAAGGCCUCGUUGAACCCGGUUGGGUGUUACAUACGCAACGCUCAGACGAGAGAGUUGUCACACCCGUUGCCCGUGAUGCGAGCGCGAGAGGUGGACGAGUGGUCGAGUAGCCAGGAAUACAGAACUCUGUCGCGAAACAUGUUUCAGUAA